UCCCAAAGUUGGCUUCACUUGCCUCACCUACUUGCUUCGACCUACCCUUUGUAUUUUACUUCUUGCACAUCAAAGCUCCAAUCAAAUUCUAUAUUCUAAAUACAGAUCAAUCCUCUACUUCCUUCCCUCUCCCCUGUUUAUUUAUUUUCCGCAAACUCUGUGCCCAACAAGUAAAGAACUUCUCUUGAAGUAGAUUGGAACCCCAAGGAUCACAGAGCAGAGGGGUCAUAAAAAUGGCGAAAAGCAAGGUUUUGAUUGUGGGUGGAACUGGGUAUAUUGGGAGGAGGAUUGUGAAGGCUUGUCUGGCUCAGGGCCAUGAGACUUAUAUUGUUCAACGACCUGAGUUAGGCCUUCAAAUUGAGAAGCUUCAGAUGUUGCUCUCCUUUAAGAAGCAAGGUGCUCAUCUCGUUCGGGCCUCCUUCUCCGAUCACCGGAGCCUCGUUGACGCCGUUAAGCAGGUUGACGUUGUCAUCAGCGCCGUCUCCGGCGUUCAUUUCCGGAGUCACAGCAUUCUGUUGCAGCUCAAGCUUGUCGACGCCAUCAAAGAAGCCGGAAAUGUUAAGCGUUUCUUGCCUUCGGAAUUUGGACUGGACCCUGCUCGUAUGGGACAUGCUCUGGAACCAGGAAGAGUGACAUUUGAUGACAAAAUGACAGUGCGAAAAGCAAUAGAGGAAGCUAACAUCCCUUACACUUACAUCUCAGCAAACUUGUUCGCCGGAUACUUUGCCGGCAGCCUCUCUCAGAUGGGCUCCUUUGUCCCUCCAAGAGACAAGGUCCAUCUAUUUGGUGAUGGCAACCUCAAAGCUGUGUUUAUGGAUGAGGAAGAUGUUGCAACAUAUACCAUAAAAGCAAUAGACGACCCUAGAACUCUAAACAAAACAUUGUAUUUAAGGCCACCUGAGAACAUUCUUUCCCAAGGAGAGCUUAUUGGAAUUUGGGAGAAACUCAUUGGGAAGGAACUAGAAAAGACGUAUAUAUCUGCAGAAGACUUCCUCACCACCUUGAGAGGCAUGGAUUAUAAACUCCAAGUUGGAAUUGGACACUUCUAUCACAUUUUCUAUGAGGGAUGUUUAACAGAUUUUGAAAUAGGUGAAGAGGGAGAAGAAGCCUCAAAGCUUUAUCCUGAGGUUAAUUACACACGCAUGGAUGAGUACUUAAGGAUCUAUGUGUAAAAUAAAUUGAUUUCACAGGAGUUCAGUGUAAUGAACCAUGAUUAUCAGUUAAAAUAAGCUUACUUUGAGGAGAGUGUAUGAGUGAGCUAUAGUACUUUACGUAUCAUUACCAUUUUCUCUUAUUGACUUCUUUAUAUUAAUAAUAAUUAAAUACCAUUUUCAUCUGUGGAGAUUA